GCAAGCAACCAUAGAUGCAGCAUUUGAAAAUAAUGUAACUGAUUACCUGAAGAAUUCUCUGCAAAAGAGGCUUUUGCUGAAAAUGGGAAGCUUCCUCAAUUCACUAUUCCCACAUAUGAGGAGAAACGUUUUCUUUGGUCAGGCAGAAGAGAUCAAAUUUACCAAGAAUCUUGCGCUCUUACUUUUUUUACCCUCAUCGCUAUCAGUUUGAUGUUUUUAAAGCUGUGGAGAUGUUAAACCACUAUCCUAGUCCUGAUACGGAGAUACUUGGCCCUGCUAUGUGUGCUGGAGGGGAGCAGGGAUUUGAUGAUCCUGUGCCAGAUGUUACUGCUCCGAAACCAGGGAAUCCUCAAAUAAAAAACAUUGCAGUUGACAGUAAUUUCCUUAUGCCUUCUGAUAAUAUGGCUGAUUAUGAUCCUGAUAAAAUCCAAGAGCUUAUUGACUUGAUUUACAGCAGGAAAAGGCUUGGCCCAGGGAGGCUAGUGCAAUGAAUAUUGAAAGGCUUGCACACUGUAUAUCUGACAAAGAUGAUCUUGGAUUGAAAAGAAAAUUGGAAUUUGUUUCUGAGCGGAGUCACAAGCAAAUGAAGAUCAAUCAAGGGUCAUUGGGAGAGGAUGCAUCCAGGUUAUCUGAAUCAGUGCCUCAAGUGAUGAAUGGACUUGGUUUUGGUGAUACUGAUUUAAGACCGCAUGAUCAAACCACAGCAUUGGCUCCAGAUACUCAAAAACUUGUUGGCUUGCUGCUUGAAGUACUUAAAUCUUCCACUUGUCAGAAUCCUGGAACAGACUUUGAGUUCAACCAGGAAGUAAGGAUGUCGGUUUGCCCUAAUAGUGUUGACCUUCAACAAAACAGCGUGGAUGAUGGUUGGGAUCAAAGCAAUGUUUCAAUUAACGAGGAAACAAAACUGAAUCAGCAAAGCAUUGAUGGUCAUACACCACAGAAUGAACCAACAAAAGAGGAACACUCCCAAAAAGAGAUUGUGUCUGGUCUUGAACAAGAAAGUCCUGGAUUAGGUGAUGGUGGCUCUGGUUUAUCACAUAAUGAUGACAUUCAUUUCAGAAUAAAAACAAAUGAUCAGUCUUCUGGAGAACAUUCAUUGCAAUUAGGCUUGAAGGCAGAGUAUCCAGAGGAGCAGAGUAUGGGAAAUGUAAGCAGUCCUGAAGGAUGUAGUCCUUGUACAACUGCCUCCCAUGACCAGCUGUACAGCAAGAAGAUGACUACCUCUGAUUGUACCAUUGAUGGUGAAAUCAACUGGAACUUAUUCCCAUAACUGAGGAUUCAUGUCCUGAUGAUCCACGGGUUAUAAAUCGGAAGUCAAAUAUUAAUCAUUAUCAGUCGCCUUCAGAUUCUGAUACUGGAGUAGGCAGCGUUUUAAAAGAAUAUUCCAAGGAUUUCCAUCACCCUGUUGCAAC